GUUCACAUCGUUUACCAAUCAAAGCAUUUAUAAUAUUUCUAUUGAUCAAGAGAAGGUGUUUGCUAAGAGUACUACAAAUUUACUUAAAGAAAUUAGAACAAUUUCUAAUAGAGUAGAACAUGUCAAAAUUAAUGAUUCAUUUGCUCUUUUUGUAAAAGAAUUAAAUGAUAAAUAUCCCUUAUCACAAGAAAAUAUUAAAGAUCCUCUUAUUGCAAAAACAAAAGGAAGGCCAAAUAAUACUAGUCACAAUAAAUUAAAUAUUGAGCUUGCUACUAAAAAAACAUAUAUAUGUAGUAUUUGUAGCAGCACUAAACAUAAUUCUAGAAGUUGUCCAAGUAAAUAG